AACAUACCCAUAAUACUGUGCGGCAAUCCAGCCACGUAAUAACAUGGCGGCUGGGCUAACUCGUAGAUGACACUCAUUCGAAAUGGGAAGUAGAAAAUAUACGCUAUGCUCCCUCUGGGCAUUUUUUAUUUGCUACACAUUUGGAUUCGAACCUUUUAAUGAUAAUAUUCUUUUUGAUGUAAGUUGGUCUGGGCCAGUUACGUUACGUCAAGGACAAGUUACAAAGGAUGGAAAGGACUUUUUAACUCAUUCAGACUCCGUAUUUAUCACAACAAAGAAUAAUGAGAAAUAUCAAUGCAUAUUACCUGCAGAACAGAUAAAACAGAAGCCAUACCAAGGUGAAUAUGGCCCUGGACCAGACCCUGCAGAUCUACUAUCCACACUAGCAGACAGUGCAAAGUGUUCAUACCGACUGGAGGCAUAUUGGACUUAUGAGCUAUGUCAUGGUAAACAUGUGCGCCAAUUCCAUGAUGAGCGUUCACAAAAGGCAGUUAAGAUGCAAGAAUAUAUUCUUGGGAAGUAUUCACCCCCAGAAAAAUCUCAACAGUCUACAGAUUCUUCUUCAAAAGAGUCAACAGAGGAAGUUCACACAAAGCCCAAACUGAUCCCUACAAGAAAAGUUGAAGGUCGUGACAUGCGAUACUAUGAAGUAGUUAUGGGUAAUGGAACCCCAUGUGACCUCAAGGGGCAUACUCCUAGGGAGGUACACAUACUGUACCUGUGUCAUCCACAGAGUCACAAUGAGAUCAUGUCAGUUAAGGAAAUUAGCACUUGUGUGUAUGAAAUUGAAGUGCUCACCCCAGUACUUUGCUCCAAUGAACUUUACAAAUUCCAGGAAGACCCAGUUCACAGAAUAAAUUGCCACUCCUUGCCUGGAUCGCCUGAUGAGCCACUCAGCUAUACAGAAUUGGUUGAGGAACAAAGAAUAGAGCAGUCUGGCCAGAAGGAGACACUGUUGUUUAGUAACACUGACCCACCUGAAGACCGGCCCAAGGCACAUAAAGACUUUUCUCCUGCUAGCCAGCCACCUACCCAGCAUGAUAUGCCACCUGCUGAAUUCCAGACAAAGAUCAGAACACCCAAGCCAGAUGAACAGCUCACUAGGGACUUCUUGCGUGGGGAUUACUGCCUUCAGGGGGGUACAGGAUGGUGGAAGUAUGAACUCUGUUAUGGCAAAAGGGUCAUCCAAUUCCAUGUUGACCAAGACCAUGGAGGACGAACAGACAUUCUUCUUGGAACCUGGGACAAGCAGAAACAUGUUGAGUGGGUGGCCAAGAGAUCUUCAAAGUCUAUAAAACUAGGGUACACAGUUCAUUUAUAUACUGGUGGAGACAUGUGCGACCUGACAGGAAGGCCAAGACAAGUGCAAGUCAGACUUAAGUGCAAGGAAUCAAGCCACCUUCAAGAGGUCUCCCUGUAUCUUAUGGAACCCAAUGUGUGUGAAUACAUCUUAGGGGUGGAGUCGCCCAUAAUCUGCCCAUUACUGGACAAAGUUGACGAACAUGGUCUCUUCCCACCUAUAGACUAAUGGUGAUAUCCCUUAGCACAAGAUAAUUUAACAGAAGAGUCAUAAUCAUAUUGUGAUGGCCCAGGUCUGAGAUAUCACGAGUGAAAUGCAGAUAAUGCUCUCUUGAAGACAUUAUGACGGUGGAACUUUUCAAAAAUGCCAAAGUUUGCAAAGCUUAGACUCGGUUUUUGAAUGCAAGAAGGGCUACCCAAAAUAAAACAAAAACAGCAAAACAAAAUCUGAAAACCUCAGGUUGUUAUGCCACAGGCCAUAUGCACAACGGUUAUCAUCUGUACAGGGAAACGUUUUUAUAUCUCUAUUUUUUCAGACUUUUCCUGCUCGAGGAACGUGUUUACCAAAGAACUUUGCUUUCAUAAAUCUAUUCAGAAAUGCUUAAUUAACAAAUAAUCACAAUAAAUCAGCUAGGAACCCGAAGGAUCUCCCCCUUUGCACGCAUAAUUUUAGCGUGCAAAAGGCGAGAUCCCUAGGGAGAAUUAUAGCGCAGAUAUUUAUCUUUCCAACCAUAACUCUGAAUUGGGGAUUGAGCAGCGGCGGCAGAGGUCAAACUAUUGUUUUAUUUUGAAGUCAGAAUAUUUAUUUAAACAAUAUUCGCGACAAGCUCAGUUCACUCUUACAAACUCUGUAACUGAAUCUCGCCAUGAGUCUGGGCUACCUGUGCACGCGCCCCCGCGCAGACAUUGAAUAAACAAUGAGUUAUGUAACAUUCUAACACCGCCUUUAGUUGGUCAACCUUUUCAGGAUCAACUGCAUAUCAACAUUAGCCAACAAAAAGAAGCAUUAUCUACUUGCACUUUGGAGUAGCUCUUGCUGCUUAAGUCUGAGAACUCUUGACAAAGUCAGUGAUCUGUUUUCCCUCACUGGGAGCGUACAACUGUAUCAUUUGCAGUCUUGAGUGAGCCAUUCAGGACCGGCUACCGGCAAGAUUUGAACACAGGCAGCCCAUGUUAACGCCCAGUGUAGAAGAUCAAUAGAGCAUAAAUAAGAUUCUCUCUUGAGAAUAAGAGAGAAGAGAUCUGAAGAGAUCUAUAAGAGAGAAGAGAUCUGAAGAUAUCUAUAAGAGAGAAGAGAUCUGAAGAGAUCUAUAAUAGAGAAGAGAUCUGAAAAGAUCUAUGAGAGAAGAGAUCUAUAAGAGAGAUUGCAUAAGCGAACCUGGGUUUGACGUAAUUCUGGUUAAAAAGAACUAACUUGGAAUAAUUUACCAAAUUAUGCUACUGCUCAAUCCCGCCAGAAAUUGAUAUUCUUAAAUGUUAGAAUGAAUAUUUCUUGUUACUCCUUGAUUUGAGUUGCUAAGUCGACGUUCAAGACAAAUAAAGACUGCUAGAGAUGCACUAAAA